UUCAUCAACACUAAACAAACAACAACCAAAGUAACAAACUUUCAGCUUAGAACCCAAAACCCUUCCCGCCGCCAAUUUCAACUAAUGGCCGCCACUCUCGCCAAAACCGCCCUAUUCGGCGGCGCCGUCCGCAUUCCCGGGCCCACCAGCACCACAAGGUCCAGCUCCGCCGCCCCAUUCCGCGUCCGGAUGGCCCUCCAGGACUCGGGCCCCUCCCUCGCCGUCGUCGGCGUCACCGGCGCCGUAGGGCAGGAGUUCCUCUCCGUCCUCCACGACCGUGACUUCCCCUACCGCUCCAUCAAAAUGCUCGCCUCCAAGCGCUCCGCCGGCCAGAAGCUCGACUUCCAGGGCCGCAACUACACCGUCGAGGAGCUCACCGCCGCCAGCUUCGACGGCGUCGACAUCGCCUUGUUCAGCGCUGGAGGGUCCAUCAGCAAAGAGUUCGGGCCCAUUGCUGUGGAGAAGGGGACGAUUGUGGUUGAUAACAGCUCGGCGUUCCGGAUGCAGGUCGGCGUGCCGUUGGUGGUGCCGGAGGUGAACCCGGAGGCGAUGGAGGGAAUCAAAUCCGGGAAAGGAAAGGGUGCUCUUAUUGCUAAUCCUAAUUGCUCCACCAUUAUUUGCUUGAUGGCUGCUACUCCUCUACAUCGUCACUCCAAGGUGAAACGUAUGGUGGUUAGCACGUAUCAGGCUGCUAGUGGAGCUGGUGCUGCUGCUAUGAGAGAGCUUGAGCAGCAAACUCAUGAGGUUCUGCAAGGGAAGCCAGUAACUUGUGAGAUAUUUAAGCGGCAGUAUGCUUUUAAUUUGUUUUCCCACAAUUCAGCGGUCCUUCCAAAUGGAUAUAAUGAAGAGGAAAUGAAACUAGUCAAGGAGACACGCAAAAUAUGGAAUGACAAGGAUGUCAAGGUGACUGCCACAUGCAUACGAGUUCCUGUAAUGCGGGCGCAUGCUGAGAGUGUAAAUCUUGAAUUUGAGAGUCCCCUUGAUGAGGACACUGCAAGGGAAAUUCUGAAGAAAGCUCCUGGUGUGGUGGUUAUUGAUGACCGUGCAGCUAAUAACUUCCCUACUCCUUUGGAGGUGUCAAACAAAGAUGAUGUUGCGGUUGGCAGAAUCCGCCGUGAUGUGUCCCAAGAGGGCAACUAUGGGUUGGACAUCUUUGUCUGCGGUGAUCAAAUACGCAAAGGAGCUGCACUUAAUGCUGUUCAGAUUGCUGAGUUGUUGCUAUAGUCAACUGUGAUUUCAAUGGUGAGGUUCCUCACCAUCUAAUCUAUUUGCAGAGAUGAAGUGAUUUGAUAUCUUCGUAGUUAUGUUUUAGCCUUUAGAUGGGGUUGUGAGGUGAGACGGAACAAAUCCAAGCAGUUUUUGUAGACUAGUUAUUCAUUUUCAAUGCAACUGUUAACAUUAUAUCCUUACAUUUGGAGGAAUUGUUAGAAUAAACCUAUAAUUCAAUUCAGAUGUUGUUUUGAUUAAAGUGUAUGCCAAAACUAAAUUGG